AUGCGGAGAUUCGUGAUUGGCCAAGCCAAAAAUCUCAUAGAUCAGACUCGUCGUCGUCCUCGUCCUCAUCACAACAACAUCCGCCUUCUCUCUCUCCUUGCUUCCGAUCCUAUUCCUGUUUCUUCAUCGCGUUUCUUUUCCGACAUGACUGGCUCUGAUUCAUCGUCCUCUCUCCCCGUUACUCUCGACUCCAUCAACCCCAAUGUUCUGAAAUGUGAGUAUGCUGUCCGUGGAGAAAUUGUCAACAUUGCUCAGAAGUUGCAAGAUGAUUUGAAGAUUAACAAGGAUGCGUAUCCCUUUGAUGAGAUUAUCUACUGUAAUAUCGGAAAUCCACAAUCUCUUAGCCAACAGCCUAUAACGUUCUUCAGAGAGGUUCUUGCUUUGUGUUCCCACACAGCUUUGUUGGACCGAGAUGAAACACAUGCUUUGUUCAGCGCCGAUUCUAUUGCGCGUGCUUGGAAGAUUCUCGACCAGAUUCCCGGGAAAGCUACCGGUGCUUACAGCCACAGCCAGGGUAUCAAGGGACUACGUGAUGCAAUUGCUGCUGGAAUCGAAGCACGUGAUGGCUUCCCUGCUGAUCCCAAUGAUAUUUUCAUGACAGAUGGUGCAAGCCCUGGGGUUCAUAUGAUGAUGCAACUUCUCAUAAGUUCUGAGAAAGAUGGAAUCCUUUGCCCCAUUCCUCAGUACCCCUUGUACUCAGCUUCAAUUGCCCUUCACGGUGGAAGUCUGGUUCCAUACUACCUUGAUGAAGCAUCAGGAUGGGGUCUUGAAAUAUCUGAGCUGAAGAAGCAGCUGGAGGAUGCUAAGUCAAAGGGCAUCACUGUAAGAGCCUUGGCGGUUAUUAACCCUGGUAACCCAACAGGACAGGUUCUAUCAGAAGAAAACCAGCGUGACAUUGUUGACUUCUGUAAGAAAGAGGGACUGGUUCUUUUAGCUGAUGAGGUUUAUCAGGAAAACGUUUACGUCCCUGACAAAAAGUUCCACUCUUUCAAGAAAGUAGCCCGGUCUAUGGGGUACGGUGAGAAGGAUAUCUCCUUAGUCUCGUUCCAGUCUAUCUCCAAAGGAUACUACGGAGAGUGUGGAAAGAGAGGAGGUUACAUGGAGGUUACUGGUUUCACUUCUGAUGUGAGAGAGCAGAUAUACAAAGUGGCUUCUGUGAAUCUUUGCUCCAACAUCUCUGGUCAGAUUCUUGCCAGUCUCGUCAUGAGCCCACCUAAGCCUGGUGACGAGUCAUACGAGUCAUACAUAGCAGAGAAAGAGGGAAUCCUCUCGUCUAUGGCAAGACGUGCAAAGACUCUUGAAGAAGCUCUAAACAAGUUGGAGGGUAUAACAUGCAACAGAGCAGAAGGAGCUAUGUAUCUAUUCCCUUGCAUUAACCUUCCAAAAAAGGCGAUUGCGGCUGCAGAAGCUGCAAAGACGGCACCGGACACGUUCUACUGCAAACGCCUCCUAAACGCAACUGGAAUAGUCGUUGUCCCUGGGUCUGGAUUUAGACAGGUACCGGGAACAUGGCAUUUCAGGUGCACUAUACUUCCUCAAGAGGAUAAGAUUCCGGCAAUCGUGAACCGUCUCACUGAGUUCCACAAGAGCUUCAUGGAUGAGUUCCGCGACUAAGGGGAUUAAAUGCUUCUAAGAUAAGAUCAUGCUUGAGUAAUAAUAAGGAAGAAGGACGCAUGCCGUUUCUUUUUCGUCGACAAUCAUUUUGUGUUAAAGAUGUGAGAGCAUCUUCUUAUUCAGCUUUUGUGUUGCUCUUUUAUAUUUGGCUGAUACUGAUAAACAAGCAUAAGUUUUAUUGAGAAGAGUUUUUCUUUAUAGACAAUUAAACUAAUUACUCUUGCAUGCUUUUUCCAUAAAUCGAGGUUACGUUUUCAUAU